CCUCGGCUCAGUGUUUUGUUCUUGAUUGGACCCGGAAGUGAGCUAGCGCCCCCUCUGAGCUAGCGGUUAGCUGUGGCUGUUUCCCUGCGCGAUGAAAACACGGAGGAACCGGGAAACACGACGUUAACUGUUAUGGUCCAGUAACCAACACGGGAGCCGGCGAACCUCAGUGAAACAACCCGCCCGCCUCGGCUGCUGUUGAGGCCGCUAGCCAGCUCGCUCGUCAGCCAUCUGGCAGGAACUGUCGCUAGCAUUAGCUUUAGCCGCAGGUGAACGUUAGCAGGCAGUGCCCCGGUGGUGAUGGCCGCGGCCCGGAGAGGAUGUGCGGUGGCCGGGCUUCUCCUCCUGCUGCUGCUGGCUGGAUGCAACGCGAGGAUACACAGGCUCACCCUCCGGAAUGAAAGUCGUUCCGCUGUCGACCUCAACAACUUCGGCUUCUUUGCCAACGGGACUCUGGACGUGAACCUGAUUUCCCUGCGCCUCCCCACCGACCAGCUGGUGAACUACAGCACCCACCCGGUGGGUUUCACCCUCUCCAGGUCCCGUGUGAAUGGAGUCCUGUCCUACACAGCAGAGGAGACAGAGAGAUGCCCGCUCACUACAGAAGAGUUGCCCAAUAAUGAGGAGCCUCUUAUUAUUUUCCUCAUCAAUAUCCACACCCUCAGUGUCACAGUGAAAGCUAUAGGUGAACAAGACAACAUCUUGACAGCCAGGCUAAAGUCUCCUGAGCCUAAAGAUCAGAGGAAGACCAGGCAGGCUCCUGAACCAGCUGUACCUGCAAUGAAUCCAGAUGUACCUGCAAUGAAUCCAGAUGUACCUGCAAUGAAUCCAGAUGAAACUGCAAAGAAACCAGAUGAAACUGCAAAGAAACCAGAUGAAACUGCAAAGAAGCCAGAUGACAAGACAUCUCAGGACAAAAUGGACAAGCCUGUGGAUCAGGAGAAGGAGGAGCAGACCGACUUGAAAGCACCAGAAGAAGCUCCAAAAGAGGAGGAAACUGGAAUCAAUCUGGGGAAGACCAAGCUACUGACUUUAGCUUUGGACAAAAUCAACGGCUCCUAUAACUUCAGUUUCCACAUGGUGAUUGGCCCGCUGGCGCAGGGGCUCUACAGCCUCAAAUUCCACUACUGCCAGAACAAGAUACCUGGGAUUAAACUGCCCUACUCAUUCACUGUGGAAGUGAAGGAGAAGAACCCCAGCGGCUACCUGUCGGCAGCAGAAAUCCCCCUGUCCCGUCUGUACAUCUGUAUGGCUGGAGUGUUCUUCACCGCUGCCAUGGUCUGGGUGUACACACUCAUGAAGCACAGGUACAGCGUGUUUAAGAUACACUGGCUGAUGGCAGCACUGGCCUUCACCAAGUCCACGUCAUUGGUUUUCCACAGUAUCAACUAUCACUUCAUCAACACUGAGGGGCAUCCAAUCGAAGGCUGGGCUGUCAUGUAUUACAUCACACACCUGCUCAAAGGGGCUCUCCUCUUCAUCACACUGGCACUGAUCGGCACCGGCUGGGCCUUCGUGAAAUACAUCCUGUCCGACAAGGAGAAGAAGAUCUUCAUGAUCGUCAUCCCCCUGCAGGUUCUGGCUAACGUUGCCUACAUCAUCAUCGAGUCGACAGAGGAAGGCUCCAGUGAAUACUACCUGUGGAAGGAGAUCCUCUUUCUUGUUGACCUCAUCUGCUGUGGAGCCAUUCUCUUCCCCGUUGUCUGGUCGAUCCGUCAUCUCCAGGAAGCUUCUAGCAUCGACGGCAAAGCUGCCAUGAAUUUGGAGAAGCUCAAGCUCUUCCGGCAUUACUAUGUGAUGAUCGUGUGUUACAUCUACUUUACGAGGAUCAUAGCGAUUCUGCUCAAGGUCACCAUGCCUUUCCAGUGGCAGUGGUGCUACGAGUUUCUGGUAGAAGUGUCCACUCUGAUCUUUUUCGUGUUGACGGGCUACAAGUUCCGACCGGCAUCCAACAACCCGUACCUCCAGCUUCCCCAGGACGAGGAGGACAACGAGAUGGAUGAAGUAGUGACUGAGUCUGGGGCUCUGGAGGGGAUUUCCAAAGUGAAGAAGACGUCGAACGGGCGCGAACGCCAGAGAGAGUCCACCUUGUGAGCGGGACGCCGCAUCUGUUGGAUGGACCCACUGAACACAUCCCCCCCGGCCAGCCUGGUUUGAAGGGAUGCACAUGGACCAAGGCGCUCCACCCACGUUGACAGCGAUCACUUUGAAACUCCUGCGGUGUGGCAAGAGUUUUUAAAUUAAAAAAAAGGGGCCGUGCUUCCAGAGAGGAGACGCGUCCACUGUCUGGCUAUGCAAAGAAAAGAAAAAAAAUCAUACAAAACAAACAAAAAAAGACUUAACUCUCUGAACGGUUUCAUGAGGAGACGAGCUCCUGCCACAUGAGGAGAUAUGGAAAUGAGCUGUGAUGUUAUUUACUGUUUCCAUCUCUCUUCCUCGCCUUUCUCUCUGUAUUCCCCCCCCCUUUCUCUAUCUCUCCCCAAAGAUAACUAUCAUUUUAGAGAGAGACUUGCUUUCAGGUGUGUUUGUAUUGGCUAUUUAAAAGGUACUUUACCUGUUCGUGUGUGCUGUGAGUUCACGUGUGUGACUGUGGGACGACGCAGGAUUUGAACACAACCAUUCUUUUUGGAGACAAUAGCCCGAAACUCAGGUAACAGGCUAAUCAGUAUAUAGUUAAAACAUACAUCUUGUUCCCCCACAUAUCCACACACUCCGUAGUGUCCCAUCAGUCAUUAUACGGCUUCACCACCACACUACUGUAUGUUACGUUUUUAUAUAUUUGAUUUGUAUAUUGAAAUAUAUAUUGAAGGAUGAAAGAUGUUGUAUAUUUCAAUAUAUGGACUUAUUGCAUAUUGAAAGGUUCUGUUUCAGUAUUAUUGUUUAAGUCCUUCACGUGGACCGCUGCUGUAAAUUAGUGCUUUAGUGGUUGAGGUCGACUGGACGUGUGUGGACCUUGGAUCAGUUUCUUAAAUAACCAGAGCAGUGGCCCUUCCUCUGUUCAGCCACAGCCUUGUUUUCUUUUAAUGUUUGGCCGUUCUGUGCCGAUCUGGGCAGAGAGGGAACCUAACUGAUCAUUUUUGAUUUGAUUUUGAUAUUUUAUUUUUUUUUGCUCUUGAUGUGAAGCUUGUUUUAUUAAUUAUUGACGACUUAUUGGUUCGUGAAAGAUCAGAAAACGUGUGCAGCCGGGGGAGGGUAGAUGGCCAUGUGUAAAUAAUUUACAAGAGACUUGUUGAUACAAAAGCAGGCACAUAACACUUUGGUAAGAACUGCAUAGAGACGCUUUAUAGACAGAGUUUUUGAUUCCUUUUAACAGACGGCGGGGUGGGUAGGGAACUGGAGGAAUCUAUGAAAGACUACUGAGAUUUAACCACACUCACUCACUCACUCCUGAACAGGGGCGGGCGAGCUGCACAGUGCUCGCAGACUGUUCUCGUGUCUCCAGGCUCCCGAUGAUGAGACGUAACAAACCAAAUGAGACAAGGAGGUGUUGUGCUUGUACAGGAAGCUGUUUGUGUGAACUGUCACAAUAAAGCUGGUGUUCUGGAAAGAUCUCAAAUCAA